AUGAGGUUUUCAGCCAGUCUCAAGGCCGUUUCGGUCCUCUUGUCAUGCGCCUCAAUCGUCUGCGCUCAAUCGAGUCCCGACCCCAUUGGCACCAUCUAUGAGGGCCAUGUGCCCGCCAACCUGUACGGCUCCGACUUUCACUAUCCAUGGCCGGUCAAGCUUUACAACUUUUACAACCAACGCCAAAAACUGACCAUGGCCUUCAUGGACGUUCCCGCCCAAUGUGAAGACGACAAGGACAAGGUUGCAGUGCUGCUUCACGGAGGUAACUUCUGCGGUGUCACUUGGUCCGACACUGCGCGUCAAUUGUCAGCCGCGGGAUAUCGAGUGAUCCUCCCCGAUGACAUUGGUUUCUGCAAAUCGAGCAAGCCUCAGGGCUACUCAUACAAUGUGCACCAGCAGGCGGAAAACAUCAAAAGCCUGCUCACUGCGCUCGGUAUCAAGAAAGUCAGUGUCAUGGGUCACUCGAUGGGCGGUAUGAUCGCCGCCCGCUACGGACUCAUGUAUCCAGACGAUGUCAAUCAGCUCUUCCUGGUCGACCCGUUGGGUCUGGAGGAUUGGGUCGCCAAGGGCGUGCCCUACGUGCCCGUUGACGCGACCUACCAGGGCCAGGUCACUCAGAACUUUACGACUCUCAAGGCCUACGAGCAUGCCAGUUACUUCCACGGCGCCGAGUGGAAGCCCCAGUACGACAAAUGGGUGCGCAUGUUGGCCAAUAUCUAUGCGGGUGACUUUGGUCCGGCCUAUGCGUACGUGAUGGGUCUCGUCACGGACGCCUUACUGAGCCAGCCGAUUAUCUACCAACUGCCUCUCCUCAAGACCCGAACCUACCUCAUGGUGGGAGAGGCCGAUGUGACUGCUCUCGGAAAGCUUUCGGCCACCCCCGAGGUUGCUGCCAAGCUGGGUCAUUAUGAUGUUCUUGGGCCUGCGGCAGCGGCCAUGAUCCCCAACUGCACCUUUCACAUGUUCCCUAAACUGGGUCAUGCGCCUUUCCUUCAGGAUCCAGAGGCAUUCUACAAGGUGCUCCUUUCAUGGCUUGAUUAG